UUUGAUUUUCAAGCAUCUCUUUCUCUCUCCAUCUUUUCUCCUUUUCUUCCUCCCCUCUCUCUCUUCACUGUCACAGUUUUUCCUCUUUUGUGUAUAAAGCUUCAAUUUCAAGCCAGUUCAAAUGGUCUUCCUCCUCCUCUUGCAUUCAACAGCACCACAUCGUUUUUGAAUCAGUCCAUAAAAAGGAAAAAAACCAAACACCCUUCUACUCUACUCCUCGUCUUUUUUCUUUUGUCCAGCGUACUACUAUUGACCAUUCAAAAUCUUAGUAUCGAAUUAUAAUCAGAAUAAAAUUUUAUUCUCUCUUUGAUUCCAUCAAAAUUAAAUACUAUCCUUGCUUUUUAUUGUCUGAAUGGCUGAAAUGCGGAUUAGCCAGCGGUUUUUCGGGCGGAUCGGGAAAUCGCCGGUGAUUUGAUGGAAUCCACACUGUUUUGUUGUACAGUUUUAGACAUUUCAUGGAGGGUUUUAUAAACAAGUUUAGUUCAUGCUCGGUGACUAGAGUUGACAGCAAGUUCAGGUUCACACUCAUUGUUUUCGAGAUUGCUUUGAUACUGUUAUGCUUUCAAGCUAUAAAUGCUGAAAGUCAUGGCUGGCAAUUGCAAGGGCAAAGCGCAGAAAGGGGAAGUGAAAAUAUUGUAUCACAUUCAUGCAUUCAUGACCAGAUAAUUGAAGAGAGGAAACGACCUGGUCGCCUGGUGUACUCUGUUACGCCACAGGUUUAUGGUCAGUCUGGUAACUCUGAACCCCUUAAUGGCAAAGGUAGGGCAUUGCUUGGAAUCUCAGAAUCAUCGUUACAGCAAAAAGGUGUAAAGAAACCAAUUAGGAUAUUUUUGAAUUAUGAUGCUGUCGGUCACUCUCCUGAUAGAGAUUGUCAGAAAGUUGGUGAUAUUGUGAAGCUUGGGGAGCCUCCAGUGGCUUCUCUUCCUGGCACUCCUUGCAAUCCCCAUGGCGAUCCUCCAAUUUAUGGUGAUUGCUGGUACAAUUGCACUGCUGAUGAUAUUUCUGGGGAGGACAAAAGGCAUCGUCUUCGCAAGGCUCUAGGGCAGACAGCUGAUUGGUUUAGGGGAGCAUUGGCUGUUGAGCCUGUAAAGGGUAACUUGCGGUUGAGUGGAUAUUCUGCAUGUGGGCAAGAUGGAGGCGUACAACUUCCACAUGGAUACGUUGAAGAGGGUGUUGCUGAUGCGGACUUGGUUCUAUUGGUGACUACAAGACCUACCACUGGCAACACUCUUGCAUGGGCAGUGGCAUGUGAACGUGAUCAAUGGGGUCGUGCAAUUGCUGGACAUGUGAAUGUUGCCCCUCGCCAUUUGACAGCUGAAGCAGAGACUUUACUUUCUGCAACCCUCAUUCAUGAGGUGAUGCAUGUCCUUGGUUUUGAUCCUCAUGCCUUUGCCCAUUUCAGGGAUGACAGAAAGAGAAGGCGCAGUAAGGUCACUGAACAACUCAUGGAUGAAAAGCUUGGUCGGAUGGUAACACGUGUAGUUCUUCCCCGUGUUGUCAUGCACUCACGACAUCAUUAUGGGGCAUUUUCUGAAAAUUUUACAGGUUUAGAGCUUGAAGAUGGGGGAGGACGUGGCACAUCAGGGUCACAUUGGGAAAAGAGGCUUCUGAUGAACGAGAUAAUGACAGGAUCUGUGGAUACAAGAUCGGUAGUUUCAAAAAUGACACUAGCUCUAUUGGAGGAUAGUGGUUGGUACCAAGCUAACUAUAGCAUGGCAGAUCAUCUUGAUUGGGGUCGAAAUCAAGGAACUGAUUUUCUUACUUCCCCUUGCAACCUCUGGAAGGGGGCAUAUCAUUGCAACACAACCCAGUUGUCAGGCUGUACAUACAACAGGGAGGCAGAGGGUUAUUGCCCAAUUGUAAGUUACAGUGGAGAUCUCCCCCAGUGGGCUCGCUACUUCCCGCAGGCAAAUAAAGGUGGGCAGUCCUCACUGGCUGACUACUGUACUUAUUUUGUGGCAUACUCUGAUGGAUCCUGUACAGACUCUAAUAGUGCAAGAGAGCCCGAUAGAAUGUUAGGUGAAAUGCGAGGAAGUAGUUCCAGGUGUAUGACCUCAUCAUUAGUACGUUCUGGUUUUGUCCGGGGCUCAGUGACCCAAGGAAAUGGUUGUUAUCAGCACAGAUGUGUCAAUAACUCUCUUGAGGUUGCUGUGGAUGGUAUUUGGAAAGCGUGUCCAGAAGCUGGAGGACCAGUUCAAUUCCCUGGAUUUAACGGGGAGCUUAUUUGUCCUGCUUACCAUGAGCUCUGCAGUACAGGUUCCAUUUCUGCACCUGGACAGUGCCCCAGUUCUUGUGAUUUUAAUGGAGACUGUGUAGAUGGAAAGUGUCACUGUUUUGUAGGAUUUCAUGGUCAUGAUUGUAGUAAACGCUCCUGUCCAGGGAAUUGCAAUGGCCAGGGCAAGUGCCUUUCAAAUGGGAUCUGUCAAUGUGAAAAUGGUUACACUGGCAUUGACUGCUCAACUGCUGUUUGUGAUGAACAAUGCAGCCUACAUGGUGGGGUCUGUGACAACGGAGUUUGUGAAUUCCGUUGCUCAGACUAUGCAGGCUACACAUGUCUGAACACCUCAACUCUGCUGUCCAGUCUUUCAGUUUGCAAAAAUGUACUGGGGAGUGACAGCCAACACUGCGCACCCAGUGAAUCAAGCAUACUUCAGCAGUUAGAAGAAGUUGUUGUCAUGCCCAACUAUCACCGAUUGUUCCCAGGUGGUGCUCGGAAAUUAUUUAAUAUCUUUGGCAACAGUUACUGUGAUGCAGCUGCCAAGCGACUAGCCUGCUGGAUCUCUAUCCAAAAGUGUGACAUGGAUGGUGACAACAGGCUCCGGGUAUGUCAUUCAGCAUGUCAGUCCUAUAAUUUAGCUUGUGGAGCAUCACUUGACUGCUCGGACCAAACCCUCUUUAGCAGUGAGGGGGAAGGGGAGGGUCAAUGCACGGGCUCUGGUGAGAUGAAAGUAUCAUGGUUUAGUCGUCUGCGGAGUAGUUUGUUUUCAAGUAAUACUUCGUCCAGAGGAAUGUCUGUAAAAUAUAGGCAGCUGUAGUCUAUUUCCCCCUAGAUUUUUUCUUAAUUUUUCUAGGGCUCAAUUGUAGGAAAGGUGGCACGAAGAGCACGUGCCCUGGAUGUAGGUUUGGUCUUGUGCUUCACCCUCGUUUAAAGAAAUUGGGUGGCAUUAGCAUUGGCUUUCGUAAAUGAAGCCGCUUGUAGAGAAAUUUGGAAUUGUAUGUAGAAAGAAACAACAAAAAAGAAAAAAAAAAAAAAAAAGAGAAGGUAAAAACCUUUGUUGACGAGUGAUUAGAGGAUUGGCCGAAGGCCUUUAUAGAAAAGCAUUGUCUACUUUGUAUCUUCCCCCAA